AUGCAAUCAACGGGAAGAAAUAAUGCUUGUCAAGUGUGUGGAGAUUAUGCAGUAAUAGUUAACUAUGGAGUUUUAUCAUGUUUACCAUGCCGAACAUUUUUUCGUCGCAAUGCUCACCGCUCUCAUGAGAUUCGUGCUUGUCGUCAUGCUGGUCAUUGUGAAAUGAAUUCACUAAGAAGAAAAUGUUGCUUAUCAUGCCGUCUAGUAAAAUGCUUUGCAGUGGGAAUGAGGCCAAAUUUAAUUCGUAAAACAAAUUCAACUAAGAAAAAACGAACACUCAGCAUAUCAAACAAUGAAAAUCUCAUUGUUGUGACAAUACCACAAGAGUCUGCAUUGGAUCGGUCACCUGGCGAUCAUAAUUUAACUCUUAAUCCUUCAGAUCGAAUUAUAAUAUCAAAUGUUGCACAUGCUUUUGAUGCAUUUAGUGGUGUAUCGCAGAUGCAGCGUGUACUGGGACUCGUAAAAAAGUCAGCGUAUAAUUUUCAAUAUAGUGUAUGUCUAAUUAUUGAAUUUUUGUCGUCAUAUUAUAACUGCGUACAAUCAUUUAUAAGUUCGACACCUGAUUUCAAAAUACUCACUUCAACUGAACAGAUUUCCCUGUUUCAACGGAAUUUGGUUGGUGUUCUAUGUGGUUAUACAGUAUGCUUGCUAAAUGAAUCAGGAGUAUUCGACACGCCUGAAAACGAAUUGGUCUUUUCUCUCUUCUACGACACCGAAGUAGCUCUACAGGCAAAAAAUAUAGUUCAAAAACUUAAUUAUGAUCCAGUAGUUAUGAAACUCAUGCUUGUUUGCCUUGCGUUUUCGUCCAAUUGUUAUAUGGUAAAUAAUCAUGGAAAUAUUAAUCAAGAUAGUUUACUAUUGGGUACAUUUCGUCUAUUCGGAAGUCAAAAUGCGUAUGUUGAAGUCUGUUGGAAAUAUUUACUGGAAAAAUAUGGUUUCAAUCAUGCAGUAAAAAUAUAUUCAAACCUAAUUAAACAACUCCUUGAUGCGUUUUCUAUUUCAAUCGAUAUAUGUAACAACAACAUACUCCACAGGGUUUUUCUUGAUACCCUAAUUCAACAAACAAAAACACUUUCAAUAGUUGAUAAAACCUCUACUGUACCCUUAUGGGGAAAAUUGUUAUGA